AUGUCUACUCCCAUCACAUUCACAUUCACAUUCACAACAACCCUGACUCUCGUGAUCAUCUCGGUGUCACUACUUUCCUGGUCUCUCGGGAGCGCCACAGCGACAGAGACGCAGCGAAAUGAGACGGAGGUGCGGCUGUUGUACGAGCAGUGGCUGGUGGAGAAUGGGAAGAACUACAUCAAUGGUCUUGAAGAGAAAGAAAAACGGUUCAAGAUCUUCAGUGACAACUUGAAGUUCAUCGAUGAGCACAACUCGGUGCCGAACCGGAGUUACGAAGUCGGUUUGACCCGGUUUGCAGAUCUUACGAAGGAGGAGUUUCGAGGUAUGUACUUGGGGAGUAAGAUAGAGAAGACUAGAGGAGGUUCAGUGGUAGGAGAGAGAAUAGCAAGUGGUUGGGCGUUCUCUGCGAUUGGAGCGGUGGAAAGUAUAAACCAGAUCACAACCGGAGAACUGUUAUCUCUGUCGGUGCAAGAACUCAUUGACUGCGACGGAUAUUUCAACUAUGGAUGUAAUGGAGGUUUCAUGAAUAUGGCUUUUAAGUACAUCAUGGAGAAAGGUGGUACUGAAACAGAUAAAUAUUAUCCUUAUACUGACAUCCAUCGUAGCCCCUGCAGGACCACUAAGACUAAAAACACUCGUGCUGUUACCAUCGAUGGUUAUGAAGAUGUUCCUAGAGGCGAUAAGAUGUCUUUGAAGAAAGCUGUUGCUCAUCAACCUGUUAGUGCUGCCAUUUAUGCUGAUGGCGCCGCUUUUAGGCAUUACAAGGGAGUAAGUUUCCAACAAACCUUUGAUUCGGUUUAUUGCUUGGCUAUUGUGUUUUCUUGAAACCCAUGUUCUAUGCUUUUUGUCUUCUUCCACAGGGUGUGUUUAAUGUAUCAUGUGGCCUGUGGGAUAGGUAUGACCCAGGCUGUGAUAGUCUGUAACAGGGAAGAUAAAUCCAAUCUAGAAACCCACCGAGGGUUCGAAGGUUGGUGAAUCAAAGGCCAGGAGAAGAUCACUGAGGAAGAAGGAUCAUCUCUAGAACAAGGAUUUUAAUGGUGAUGAUGGAUUAUGAUGUUUGAUGAAUGAUGAUGACGAUAGAGAGAAGAAGACUAAAGAGGAAUUAGGUUUAAUGUUAUUGAUUAUUUGAUUGAUUAUCUAAAAUGGUCGUAAGACCAGUACAUAUAGUAUGAUUGUACCAACAAACCGGUUAAUGAAAUAAACCAGCUUAACCUAAAGGAAAUCAUAUAAAUAACUAAACCGACUGGUAUAGCUUUAAGCUAUCACAUAGUCGUGGGUUAUGGAUCAUCACAAGGUAAAGAUUACUGGAUCAUUCGUAAUUCAUGGGGAAUAAACUGGGGAGAAGGCGGAUACAUGAAGCUCCAACGGAACGUCAAAUAUCCAUUGGGAAAAUGUGGUCUAACAAUGAUGCCAUCUUACCCGACCAAGUUGGCUGUCUGAGAUUUGAUUGGUUUCUUUUAACUUUCUUGACUUGUAUGUGUGUUUAUUCCCUGUGAGUUUGCGUGUGUGUGUGCUUUAAUGGAUCUUUCUGAUCUUGUCUUC